AUGAGGAAAGGCAAGGGGCUGGUUUGCCUGUUCUCACGCCCAGCCCUCAGAUCCAGGCCGAGGAAAGUUUCGCCUGUAGGAGGGAGAGGAGUGAACAUGGCAGCACGUUGGUGGCUUUGGUGUGUCUCCACGACUAUGGCGGUGGCCCUUCUGCUCCUUUGCGAGGUUCCCUCGGCCAUUGCCCAAAGAAAGAAGGAGAUGGUGUUAUCUGAAAAGGUUAGUCAACUGAUGGAAUGGACCAGUAAAAGGCCUGUAAUAAGAAUGAAUGGAGACAAGUUCCGUCGCCUUGUUAAGGCCCCACCAAGAAAUUACUCCGUGAUUGUCAUGUUCACUGCUCUACAACUUCAUAGACAGUGUGUCGUUUGCAAGCAAGCUGAUGAAGAAUUCCAGAUCCUGGCAAACUCAUGGCGAUACUCCAGUGCAUUUACCAACAGGAUUUUUUUUGCCAUGGUGGAUUUUGAUGAAGGCUCUGAUGUAUUUCAGAUGCUAAACAUGAAUUCAGCUCCAACUUUCAUCAACUUUCCUGCAAAAGGGAAACCCAAACGGGGUGAUACAUACGAGUUGCAAGUGCGGGGUUUUUCAGCAGAGCAGAUUGCCCGAUGGAUUGCAGACAGAACUGAUGUCAAUAUUAGAGUAAUUAGACCUCCAAAUUAUGCUGGUCCCCUUAUGUUGGGAUUGCUUUUGGCUGUUAUUGGUGGACUUGUGUAUCUUCGAAGAAGUAAUAUGGAAUUUCUCUUUAAUAAAACUGGAUGGGCUUUUGCAGCUUUGUGUUUUGUGCUUGCUAUGACAUCUGGCCAGAUGUGGAACCAUAUAAGAGGACCACCAUAUGCUCAUAAGAAUCCCCACACAGGACAUGUGAAUUAUAUCCAUGGAAGCAGCCAGGCCCAGUUUGUAGCUGAAACACACAUUGUACUUCUGUUUAAUGGCGGAGUUACCUUAGGAAUGGUACUUUUAUGUGAAGCAGCUACUUCUGACAUGGAUAUUGGAAAACGAAAGAUAAUGUGUGUGGCUGGUAUUGGACUCGUCAUACUAUUCUUCAGUUGGAUGCUCUCUAUUUUCAGAUCUAAAUAUCAUGGAUACCCAUACAGCUUUCUGAUGAGUUAAAAAAGAUCCCGUUGUAUUUGAAAAGAAGAAUACAACUUCUGUAAUUUGUAUUACCUCUUUUUUUAAGUGAUUUAAAUAGUUAAUAAUUUAACCAAAGAAGAUAUCUAGUGCCUUAACAAGCAAUUUCCUGUAAAAAUUAUGAAGUAUUUGGAAAUGAUUGCCUUUUUAACUUUCUCUUCCCAGUGAACUUUAUGGAACAUUUAAUUUAGUAGAAAUAAGUACAUUAUUAAAAUUUUAAAACUACUACUUUUUGAAAUUAGAACAAAGCUCAAAAGUGCUUUAGUUAACUUUUAGUCAUCUGAUUUUAUAUCAUAUUAUCCAAAGAUGGGGAAAGAAAAUCCUGACCAGGUGUUGCCACAUAUGUCUAUUAUAGAUAAUUGCAUCAGGAAUCUAUUCUUUAGCUUUUCUAUCUUUCCAUGGAUGUGUAUACUUUACACAUCUUUCAUUUUAGGUAGAUAAAUUAUAUGUAUUAUAUGGUCUUCUGAAAACACCACCAUUCUUCAGUGUACACAUCUAACCUUUAAAAACACCAUCUUCCUUCUCUCCUCCUGCAUUGUUUUUCCUACUGAAAUAGGGCUAUUUGUGCUUAUUUAUAGUUGUAGAUGUUAAAAAAUAUUCUAAAUAUAGGAUUACUAUUUCUGUAUGAGUGUGGUAGUAACUACCUUGUAUUUGAAAAUAUUUCAGAUUCAUUUCACCUCCUCAGUUUUAUUUAAGGUGACCCAUUUCUAAUAAAGAUAUAGCUUAAUGCUAAAAUCAGUGUAACUUAUAAGUGAUCAAAAAUGUUUCUGUAAAUUAGAGAUUGUCACUCAUUUCAUUUGUACUUAAGAGAAAAAUAGGCUCAGUUGUGUGUUAGGAAAAUACUCCCUUGGAAUGGAAAAAGAUAAUCAUGAAAUAUUGCUUUGCUGCCUACAUAUAGAAAUUGCGUUUCUUUAAAGCUGUUCUUUCUGUUGUUGCUGCUGUUAUUUUAGCCUUUAUUAUAUUCCUUUAAGUGGAGAUAAAAAGUAAAAAUUUGAAGUUUUGUUUGAGUUUUGUCUUUUUCAAUGGAAAUAACCAUAUGUGCUAACCAAAUUUCUUUGAAAAUGUUUUCAUGGUAUCAUUACAUCUAACUGUAACCUUCCCUAUAGCUAUAGAGAAUAACCUAAAAUGCCACUAUUAUGGAAUUAUGAGAAUUGUAAUUCUGAAAAAGUAAUUUUAAAUCAAUCUUAGAAGCAUUACAUUAAAGCCGGGCAUGGUGGCUCAUGCCUAUGGCACUCUACCAAGGGUGGCCAAGGGAGACCCUGUCUCAAAAAAAACAAAAAGAAAGAAAGUGACUGCCUUUAGAUGAUUGCCAUCUAAUAAUCCUCCCAUGUGGUUUAGAAAUCUUAGUAUAAUAGAGGCUUACAAAAGAAGAUAUGAAUAUAAUUGCCUCAGAAGAAAUGUUUUAUUUGGGUUUUUCAUAUUACAUUUGGUGGGUGGGGGAAUAUAGUUCACCCUUUACUAUUUAAUGGAGCCACUUUUUUGUAAUUAAUCCCCUGUACGUUGUUUGAUUCUGUAUUCCUUAUCUGCUGUUCUGUACUUGUCUCAGGUCAAAUAAAAUUAUGCUGUGAUUCUUAUGAGACUUGUAUGAAGAUGCCCUGAUUUGUGGAUCGACCAGGGGAAUACUACUGCCAUGUAAUCUUUCUAGCUCCAGAUAGUUUGUCAUAAGCAUUAAUAAAAUGACAGUUUCUUGUAUUUGUCUCCUUUUAAGAGCAUAUUCUUCUUCUAUAAGGUGAAAUGUACUGUUUUGGCUAAAUCUCUGGAAAGCAGAUAUACUCCACUGAAUUAGUGUUAUUUCUGUGGAAAUUUUGAAAUCAGCUUUUAUCUGAAGUGCCUUAAGUAAGAGUAUUAAUUUACUUUUCUAAUAAUGGUUUAAAUAUUAUUUCUAUGCGUUUUUAAGAUCUAUUCAAAAUGACAGAUUAUAGUGGCAAAGAUAACCAAAUGUUUGGCUAUUUGUGUUGUGACCAUAUCAAUAAACUUUUACAAUCUAAA